UACGGAGACGUAUUUAGGUUUAAUGGUGAAAAGAUGGAACAACCAGUACGCAGAAGAAAAAUGCCUAAUACAACUAGCAUCCCCAGAUCUGAAACAACCAGAGCCAUUGGUGGUUCAAAAACGCGAAAUUCAACAAGGUCUGGAAAAGAAAUGAUUGACAAAAAGAAUCGGAAAAACAAAGGGCAACAUUCUGCACGUUCCUCAUCACAGCCACUGUUAUUGCCGAGUUCUCCUUUCUUUGCGAUGCCUUCCAAAGUCCAUCUGGUUAUUACCAUUCUCUGUGUGGUCCUUAUGCUGGGACUGCUGUCCGGUGUAGGAGUCUACAUUUGGAAGGAACACUUCGACGAUGAUGUCAGUAGGUCUACAGAGCCGGAGAAUAAAACAAGCCCUUUAGAUCAUGGGCCGAUAUCAAGAUCUAUAGUGAACUGGAGUCAACUAAACUUUUCUAGCAACGGAAUAAUAUUUGAUGCUAUUACAAAAUCAACUCAGGGAAAAGGUCUAAAAGGAAUUUUGGGGAAAGGUCUGGAUGCCACUUUGGCAAAACCUUGCAAUUUAACCAAAAAUUCAAACGACGAUGGACUCUGUCUAGAACUUGGUGAUAAAUAUAGACUUGAAGUGCUUAAAAAACCAGCCAUAGCAAAACGGUCAACUACGGAGAACAAUUUACAAUGCUUUUCUAUUCAUUGGAUUCCGUUGGUAGCUAACCAGUUGAAAGAAACACAAGAAGAUUGCUUCUAUUUAAGCAAUCUUUAUUGGUUCGGUGGCUUUGAAUCUGAGACACAGGAAUGGCCGAUGAAUAACUACCAGAAAAACCUAUCUGCUUUUAUUACAGGUGACUCGUUUCAAGGAAACGGUGGUUAUUUUGGCAGUGUAGUAGAAGGGAUAUUUCUAUCCUCUUCUGGGCUUGGGAUUGUCGUCGACGAAACCACGCCACUGUACAUCAGCGUUAAUCAGGGGGGUUCGCCUCUUCUCUGUAUGGUGGGUAAAGUGGGCAGUGACACGCCUUUUUUUAAUAUUUCAAAUCCAUUCCUCAAAUAUGACGUUUGCCAGUCUUCUGAUAUUGCCAGCUUAUGGCAGGGUAUCUCUAACAAGUACAUACCGAAGCCUGCAAGUGUUCCAUCUUUGGAUCUCUUCAGGUACCCCAUAUGGUGCACUUGGGCCAUUUAUAAAGAGGUUAUCAACGAAUCAACAGUCUUAGAGUUUGCCAAAGACAUCGUAUUCAACAAUUUGAGCUUUUCACAGUUAGAAAUAGACGAUUCCUGGACACCCCACUACGGAGAUUUUAACUUCACUUCUGAUCGGUUCCCGGACGCUGUCGGCUUGAUCAAAAACUUGACCGCCAUGAAUAUUCCAGCAACGAUAUGGAUGCAUCCAUUUUUCAACAACGACUCCGACGCUUUCCAAGAACUGUCUUCAAAAGGUUAUCUCAUCAGAGAGCUCGACUCGGAUAAGCCGCAUCUUGUCUCCUGGUGGAGAGGAGAAAACAACGCAGGCGUUUUAGACUUUACGAACCCGGAAGCUGUAAACUGGUAUUUGAGCAGACUGGAGUAUUUGAAGAAGACGUUUAACGUAACCUCCUUCAAGUUCGAUGCCGGCGAGUUGACUUGGGUUCCGGGGAAGUACAGACUCAACGAUACCCUGGUCACGCCUAACUAUCUUACCAGUAAAUACAUUGAAAUGACCUCCAGGGGCGACCUCGACCAACGACGACAGGAAGUGAGAUCUGGAUUUAGAAGCCAGAAUUCAACAUUCUUAUUAAGAAUGUUGGACAGACGCAGUGAUUGGAGUCAUGCUCUAGGGCUUAAGACACUGAUUCCUUGUUCUCUUGCGUUUGGCAUGAUGGGAUACCCCUACGUUCUUCCAGACCUAAUUGGUGGAAAUGACUACGGAGAAGGCUUUCCAAGCCAAGAACUUUUCAUUCGAUGGCUCCAGGCCACAGUAUUUAUGCCCGUACUCCAAUUCUCCAUUCCACCCUGGCACUAUAACGACUCUAAAGUCGUUGAACUCUCACAUAAAUAUAUUCAGCUUCAUGAGAAGUACGCGGACAAAAUUAUCAAUUUGGCUAAGAAUGCUGAAAAGACAGGCCAGCCCAUAAAUAGGCCAUUAUGGUGGAUCGCUCCCCAAGACGACGAGGCACUGCGACUAGAUUCUGAGUUUUUGCUUGGCGAUGAUCUGCUGGUGGCACCCGUUCUGGACGAAGGCUCAACGUCGCGAGAUAUUUAUUUACCGAGCGGUCAAUGGAAAGAUGAAAAUAAAGGAACGAUAAUUGACGGAGGUGUUUGGGUUAGAAAUUAUUCAGCCCCCUUGGAGUUAUUGCCAUAUUUUACGAAAGUAUGACUUGAAUAGACCAUUAUAGGUGGCCAUUGGUUUAUAACAUGAGCAACUGUUUUAUCAUUUUUAAUUAAAUGUGCAUUAGAAUUUGUGUUAGCGUACUGGGAGAGGAGAGCAUGUAUACUUCUUCAUUUAGUAAAUAUUAACAUCAAUAGUCGAUAUUGCUACUCAAUUAUCUUUUCUUGACAAAACAAUUUUUUUUUGAGUUUCAAAGUUUUUCCUUAUGUAUGCCAUUCAUUUUGUAGAUCUACAUUUUAAUUCGAAAGCACAUCAUUAAGCUGUAAAUCUUAAGAGUUGGGAUCAAACCCGAUACAGGUAAUAAUUCCAGUAGAACUGAAACAUGGCAGGUGGAAACAAUUCAUUAGUAGCACUUUCUGUUAUGUAUUUUACCCCAGAUGUGUAUACUUUAAAAAGCAUAUAUCAAAUCACUCUGUCUGUCUGGUAAAAAGUUUGUACACUUUAUUUUUCCCUAACCCAAUCUCGAAUCAAGAUGAAAUUUGGCACAAUUAUUUCUUAUACCUGACAACACAAGAAUCAAUAAAAAAUAAUGUACCAAUUAGUUAAUUAACUAUUGGUUAUUAAUUAUUAUUUUUGGUAUCGAACAAAGGAAAUUGAACUUUACUGAUGUGGUGGUAUUAGUUAAAAUAGCCACCUUUUUACUUUGUAAGUCGCCUCUUUAAAGCUUGAAGCUAACAAGAGAUAACUAUAAAACCUAUUUUCAUAAGCGAUUCUCUGGUACAGUGGCUACUGUGUUCGCUUGAGAAAACUUUAGGAUGCUUGAGCUCUCGAGUUCGAAUUCUUGUCUUUCAACUUUUUUUUUUUUUUUACUUUUUAUAAAUACAUUUAAAAAAAAACAACCACGCUAACAUUCACCCUGUAUCCCCCUUCACAUGCCCUUGAAGUUUUCUUUCUUGUCUAAUCACCGUGUUUUUUGGUAUAUGAAUUCGUUUUCAAUUGGCUUGUAUUGUGUGUGUUUUUUACGUCACGUCUUAGUUCUAGUGUCUAUCUUAUUUCGAUGAACGUACUGACAGAAAUGUACAUGUAUAUAUAUAUAUAUAUAUAUAUAUAUAUA